AUGAUCUCAGUUUUCAGACCCGUGCCUCCUGAAUACGAUGGUAACUCUGACACUACGCCUAUUUUGCCAUUUAACUAUACGAUCGAAGGAUUGAACAGAGAUGUGUACGUCAAGCCUCUUCAUUCACACAAUGAUUACUGGAGAUCGCAGCCUCUUUUCGACGCCUUGAGCAUUGGUGCUGUUUCAGUCGAAAGUGACGUUUGGUACUUUCCCCAGGGAUUCAAUGUUUCCAGAACCGUCACUCAGACUAGUGAUGACGGUCUUACCCAAACAAAAUCCAACGUAACACACAGAUUCAGAAACGACGAGGUAUUUGUGGGCCAUAGUCAGGUGUUUUUACAGCCUAUCAAUACAUUGUUCAACUUGUACUUGAACCCACUUUUUGACUUCUUGACCUACGUGAAUCCGGUAUUCACAGUUUCUGGAAAUGUUAUCUCCACAAGUAAGGAUCUCUACAGUGUAUUCUACAACUCGCCAGAACAGCCAUUGUUACUUUGGUUAGACUUCAAGACCAGUCCUAACGAGACCUAUGAUGCUAUCAGACCUUUGUUGCAGCCAUUUAUUGACAACAACUUUCUUGCCUACUACGACGUUGAAGCCGACAAACUCGUUCCGGGCCCACUAGUUGUCACCAUCACCGGAAACUUGCCUCUUGAAAAGGUAGAAGCGGAGUCUAAACGUUACACAUUCUUGGAUGGACCCUUGAAAUACUUCAACACCUCUGCCAAUGAAGCUGAAUUGGAAAGAUGGAGUAAGUUGUCGUACGUAGCAAGUUCGUCACUUGCUGACUUAUUGGGCGACGACUACGAGUCUAGUGUUCACAGCGAGUUUACUCCUCUGCAAAAGAACACAUUGGGACAAUUCUUUGAUUCAGCUCACAAGUACGGAUUGAAAACAAGAAUCUGGGGCGACAUCACCUGGCCAUUCAACUUGCUUAACUCCCACUUGUUGGACUACUACCGUUUGGGUUCCGAUUUGUUGAACGUGGAUGACUUACAGAAAGCCAAGGACUUGUUCCCAGCCGAGUUUGUCUACUCUACAAAUUAG